AUGGCAGGCGAGGAAGACGACAUCAACAGGACGAACAACCCUUCUCCAUCCACCGAAAGAAUCCACGACCACAACCCGUUCGUUGCGUUCCGGCGUUAUGCUGAUGAACAGAUCUCGUCCAUGCUGCAGUCUGUAAUGGGCCUUCCAUCUUCGAUCUCCGCUCCUCAUUCAAAUCAUUGGGCUAUCUUCGCCGAAGAGAACAAUUAUAGAGAGCCCAACUACCGCCAACGACAGACUGGCGAAGGCAAGGACGGUGGAUAUCCCUCAAGCUCCGGGACGGGCGCCUCUGGAAACACAGACAACAUAGGUCAGGAUGACAAGCCACCUGAAAGCUCUCGGUGGCCGCGGUCUGAUGAUCCUUGGCGUUCGCAUCACCAUGGACGAUUCGAUAGACCCUCCGAUUACUUCAGUCUUGACUCCUUCUUCGACUCUUUCUUCGAUAGAUUCUGGUUCGAUGAUCACUUCUCCUCCCGCUUCUUUCAUCCCUUCCAUCAGCCAUUCUUCUUUAACAUGCUGAACGACGACUCCGCAACUUGGCCCCUGGCAUACUUGAUGUUCAGUCCGUACUCUCCACUGCAUCUGGAGCGUCAGGCAUCCUAUCGAGCACACAGAGAGCGAGGGGUCUUCUCUUCACUCAUGUCGUCGUUGAAGCCUACUUCUGCACGCGACCCUGCCGAGCCGCAGUGGCGUGAGGCCUUUGAGGAUCUACUUCGACUCGAGAACGGAAAACCGAUGCUGGACCGCGAACCCAGUACGACACUGGUCAAGAAGGAAUCCGGGACCGAAUGGCUGAAGGGCCUGGUGCAACGUGGCAGCCUUGGCGAUCGGUGGAAGUAUGUUUCAGGACCGGAAGGCCAGGGUUGGUCAGGGAUAACGCUCGAGAGCGCCGAGCCGACAGACAAGGAUCGCUCUCGAUCCGAUGAAAGUCCGACACGGCAAACACAGGCUGAGGCCAGUUGGAAAGAUACACAGACCGCACCCGAGACCGAACUGGACAUGUACGACCAAUUUCUUGCCGAUAUCGAAGCGCGCGAGCGCGAUUUCUUUAAAGGAGUUUAUGAAAGUCCACUUUUGCGGUCUCUCUUGGAGGAGAGACGAAGGCUGAAGGAAGAAAUCGAGCCGUUUGAGAAAGAGGGCCCCAGCAAAGAGACCGAUUCUUGGAUAGAUCUCGUUUCUGAUGGCGACAAGAACACCGUUCCUGAGACUGCCCCCCAGUCGACCUCGGGGGCAUCGACCACUGGCGAGACACGUCCAACGAGCUCAGCCACAGAGCAACAGCCCUACGUAGUUUCCACCCGGACGACGACAGAGCGCAUUCGUCUCUCCGAUGGCUCAAUCCAGGCCAAGACGGUGAAGACCAAGCGGUUUGCGGAUGGCCGAGAAGAAACAAAUGAAUCCGUUGAAGUCAUGAAUCCGCCUCCAAAAUCCCAAGAUUCGGUUGCUGGUCAGGAGGCUCUUGAGAAUCAAAAGAAGAGAGGCUGGUUUUGGAGAGACUGA